GUGAUAUUCGCCCAUAUUAUCGGAAACAGCUGGAGCUGGAGACACGUGCGGCGUCAGCGGCGGCGACGUGACGUUUCGCCGUGUCAUGCAUGUCAUAGCAUAAGGGCCUGAGCAGAAUGGAUGUCUCGGCAGUUUUAUGCCUUUCUUUGUCUUAUGUAACGCACAAUACUGUACAUAAGGUAUAAAACACUGCUUUAAGGUUAUAAGACAGCCAUUCUGCUUAGGCCCUUUAACGCACGCGAUGAAGGCAGGGAGAAAUACUAAUUAUAAGGACUUGCCAAUCUUGCCAUCGGUGGUGAAGGGAGUUAUGUAUUACAGUCGCUGCCAGUAUUCAGUAGAAGAUUAACCUCGAAGCUCGCUGACGGGUUGGUGAACGAAGAGAGAAUCUCGAAACGAUCGACACCGGAAAAUCCACAUACGUCGAGCCUAACCUAUAAGCGCAGGGAAUGGAGCAGAUUUCCGCCUCGUCCACGCCGGACGACGUAGUUUCCAGCCAAAGGUUGUUACCGUCUACUCAGGAUCCCGGAUGGAACGAUCCACCGGAGUGGGCGCUGUCGUCGCAGCAUAAUUCGUCCGGGACGUCCACCAGGAGACUCCUGAAUAAGCGAGUGGCAUUCCCGCUAUCCUCGGAAACAUCCUCUCCGGAGAAAACUGACGUUCCGGCUCCUUCCUCGAACAUGCCUCCCAUUUUACAGUCUACUGGAGUGCCUACAAUAACCACGGCUCCCCAUAAACCUCUUCUGGCUCCUACCGAUAAAGACUGUACGACGAAGGCACCAGAGAAGGACGAAAAUUUUGAUAAAGAUCAAGCUCUGACAGAAAUCUUGGCCAGUUUAGAAUCUGUGAUGACGGAGCAAAAGAUGGAAGAGAGCAAGGUGAAGGAAAUGCGAAAACGCUUAGAUACUAUGAAAUCUAAUUGGAUUGAAAAUAAACUGAACGAUACAAUACAGAGAAAUAUCUUGAAUAUAUCGAAAGCACUCCUAAGAAAAGAUGUCAAGGAAGCCGACAAGAUCCACAUCGCUCUUAUGACGCAACACGCAAAUGUUUGCCGUACAUGGAUGCCAGCCAUCAGGCAUAUAAUUUUCGAAUUGAAAAAGGAAUGUGAGAAACCCGAUGUCCCGCAAACAGAGCAAUCGCCUCUGUUAUUCGUCGAUUCGAAGAAAAACUGAAUUUAUUGCUAGAAUCUCGUAAAUAUAAGAACUAAAAGUAAUAUAAAAAAGCUCAUAAAUAUAAGAAAAAAAUUAUGUUUAUUCAUUAUUCAUUGCUUUUUGACAUAUUUAUACGCGACCGCACGUGAUAUUUUUAUAAUGAUCGAGUGCAUCGAACAACACGAUAUUAUGUAACGAUCGAUCGCAGUUCAUUGCGGGAAAAAUUGAAUUACGUGAAUAAAGAUGAAAGCAGGUGUAUUCAUAA